GUGGAGAGACAGCCGACAGCCUGCCAGUGGAGCUUAUCGUACCCUCGUAGAUACCCACAGAGACAUACGCCAUCGUCAGAUGCUUCCACAAUGACAACUUUGCCAGCAAUCGCAGACUUCAACACCCUCCCACCGCCCGACUUUAACUCCAUCAUAUCCCUCCUCUUCGAGCCCGCCCCACCGCUAGCCAAAGCUCUGUACGCAGCUCGUCCGUUCGACAGCUAUGAUCGCCUUCUCCAGCAAACCGACGCCAUCCUCCACAAACUCUCGCCAGAGGACAAACUCAUAGUGAUCAACGCGCACCCUCGAAUUGGAGAGAAGAAGACAAACCUAUCUGCAAUGUCGCUAAAAGAACAGGGGUACACCAGCGCCACAGCACAGCAGCCAAACGAAGAGGAUCCACAGGUCAUGGCAAGGCUGAAGGAGCUGAACAACAAGUACGAAGCCAAGUAUGGCUUCAAGUUUGUUGUGUUUGUCAACGGUAGGAGCAAGGAGGAGAUUGUGCCUGUCAUGGAACAACGGUUGAAGGACGGGACGAAGGAGAGGGAGAUGGAGACGGGAUUGAGGGAUAUGGUUAGUAUAGCCCGUGAUAGAUUAGGGAAGCAUCAGAGGUAGUAGCUGGUGUUUCCGCGAAAGCUGCCAAAUGAACAAUGUGUCGAGUGGACCAAGCUUAUACGAUCUACGCAACUAUGUACUGUAGAAUGGAUUGGAUUGCUCUGGCCAGUCCCAAAAUGCCUCUACGAGAUGGACGCCUUCGAACCUUUGAAGCUUUUGGGAGGGAUUGCGGGACUAGGGGAAGGAUGAUUUCUGGCACUAGAUCACGCGCAGCAGCCCUGAUUCUUGUUUGCGAAGGAGACAGAGGCCAGACCGAGGCGCCCGAUGAACUUCAUCUGACCUGCUACAUCUGCAACCGAAUAGAUUGAGGUGCUCGCGGGUUCCAAGCAAUGUCCCUGAACCAAG